AUGAAUGACCAAUCCCCACCAAAGCGUGUGACUCGCGCCCGAGCAGCUGCGAAAACCACCGAUGCUGGAGUGAAAACAACCAGGAUCGCGACUGCUGCUUCGAAAGCAAAGGUUACACGCGCCGCAUCCACAACCAAGCGCAAGACACGAGCCGAUGAGACCCAUGAAGAAGAUGAGAACCACGAAGCGGAACAAAUAAUCGAACCAGAACCUGCGAAGUUGACUCGAGCGAGACCCAAGAGAACUGCCGUCCAAACUACGGCCGAGAUGGAGGAAGAGGCUCCAGCUCCGAGAGCGACCAGAGGCAGGCCAAAGAAGGCCGCCACCGAAACCUCGGUACCUGAACCUCCUAGACCCACCAGAGGACGAGCAAAGAAGGUGGAAGUCCCUAAAGAGGAAGCCAUAGUCGUCGAGCCCCCUCAGAGAACAACCCGCACUCGAGCUGCAACAAUCACCAAAGCCACUGCUCCCAAGAAAACCGUCAAAUUUGAAGAACCUGACAAGGAGAAUAUUGCUCCUGUUGCUGCCAAUACAAAGGCCAAGGCGAAAGUCACCGAAAUCGGUACUGGUCUUCGGGCUAAACCUGUUCGCAAGCCUGCAACUGUUGCAACUAGAGCUACCCGUGGACGAGCAAAGGCGGUCGUGGAAGAAAAGGAAGCAAAAAUUUCUCCACUCAGCCCAAAGAAAGCAACGCAAGUAGGCGCCACCAAGGAGAAUACUUCCGACGAUGAGCUCGCAACGACUGAAAAGACCCCAAUGAAGCCUCUCUCUCGAAGCCCAGUUAAACCCCCGACAAGCGUUUUUGGUACGGCAAAGAAACUUGAUUUCUCAACAUCUAUGACUGUCAAUAAGGCUAGUACUACACAUGAUCUUGGAGCAUCAGUCAUGGCCAGUCCAGCUCGCCGUCCUCCCACUUCUGCCUUUAAGGAGUCUUUAAAUGCUUCAUCACAACGAGUGACUUUUGGCGAUUCGAUGCUUCGAUCUCCUUUCAAGCCAUCACUGCCAGCUCCGCAAUCUGCAGUAGCAAACUCGUCCUUCAAAGCAUCGCUGCUCCAAUCGCCAGCCAGACGACCCCAGUCCCCUACCAAGGUCAAUGAUAAUGGCUCUCCCAGCAGAUCCAACAACACCAAGUCGCUGUUUAGCGCAACCCCGAACACUUUUAAGAUGUCGAGAUUUACCACUCCAAAGACCAUUACCAAGAGUGUCACUCGCCCCGGCCAAAUGGCCCCUCCAAGUGCUUUUAAGGCUUCGGCUGGAGGUAGCCCCAAGGCAAAUGACAACGACGAGCUCACGGAGAUUGUUGCGGAGCCAAGUUUGAAAUUCUCGGGUCGUCUCUCAUCUAUCAUGCCACGUGAAGCAGAUCCUGUACUUGUCAACGCUGAGCCCAUUACUGAGGACACUGAGGACGCAGCUGAGGGUCAACCUGCGGAUGACCCGAUGGAGGUUGAUGAGGCCGACACAGUUGUUGUCAAUAAUGAUACGGAUGAUAAGACUACCACACCUCCACAAUCUCCUCCCAGUUUUAGCACUGGAGCAUUUGCUCUACGAGAGGAAGAUGAAAACCCAUUUGUUGACUCCGAUUCCGAAGAUGAGCUGGCCUCGGAUAUCUAUUCGCCAGGGGCCCUUGCAGGCUUCCGCAUCUCGUCUCAUGACUUUGCUCCUGCUACUCCUACACCAUUCAGUUCCAUCAACAAGACGCCUCGGACAUCAAAGUCUCGAAAAUCAUUAGGCCCCGAAGCAUCCUCACGAAAGGAGAAGAUUGGUUUUACGCCAUUGGCUAUACAAUUAAAUGAGUGGUUGGCAUCCAGCCCAGACAAGUCAGAAGCCGGUAGCUCUACUCCAGAGGCCUCACCAACGGCCGGCGCAACAGAUGAUGUCGUGCCGGUUGAGAUGGGAGCUGCUGCACAGCCCUCCCCGGUCAAAAGUACAUUCUUUGAAGAUGAGAUGUCUGUCCGGGACGAGUUGGCUGUCUCUCCAGAGCCAGAGAUCCCAGAGCUCUCUGAUCCUGAAUUGAGCCCAGUGGAGCUUGAUGACGAGGAUUUGGAUCUUGCUCAUGAAGCUGAUGAGAUGUCUCUGCUUGAACCCAAUGAGAUUGACAUGGGUACUGAAGCAGAAUUGCCUGCACCAGAGCCAGAGUGUGAGGAAUUCCUCCAACUGGAUGAGCUUAACCAAGAGCCAGAGUACGAAGAACUCCUUCAACCCGCCGAGCCCGUCCAAGAGCAGGAGCUUGAAGAGCUCCCACAGCCAACAGAGCUCGCACUUUCAGAGGCCAGUCAAGAGUAUGGCGACGAGAAUACCAUGCCAAUCGAUCCAGAUUUGUUCACUCUUGCCCCUCCUAUUAGCCAAGCCCCCGUUCCCCCGACCUUAUCAACCCCAAAGAGAGUUCUCGCUGAAAGAGUAUGCCAUACUGUAUCAAAAGUUCCUCUUAAGGCUCCGGCCGAAGUGACCCCAAUGAGGCCACCACCAAAGAAGCGAAGUGCCAGUAUCUCGCGCCUACCCGUCCAGAGACCUUCAAGUGGGCUUACUCGAAAUAAUACUGUCAUUUCCUACUCGCCCACCAAGACCACGCCCCGAGCAAAGACACCACGACGAGUCUCAAGUGCGAUUGAGGAAGCUUACAACACGCCUACAAAGCAAGAAACGGAAAUGUGGUCUACACUUGGAACGCCAGCUCGCACUCCACGUCGUGAUCUUAAUGCUGCUCUCUUGAAGGGCGCUGUUGUAUUUGUCGAUGUUCACACUACAGAGGGCGCUGAUGCUAGUGUACUCUUCACCGAGCUUCUUACUCAAAUGGGUGCUCGCUGUAUCAAGUCAUGGAGCUGGAACGGGAAUGGUGAGGAUGGAGGCAAGAUUGGUAUUACGCAUGUUGUCUUCAAGGAUGGUGGAAAGAGGACCCUUGAAAAGGCACGAGAGACCAACGGUGUUGUUUCUUGUGUUGGUGUUAGUUGGGUCUUAGACUGUGAGCGUGAGAACAAGUGGCUUGAUGAGGCUCCAUACGCAGUUGACACAGCCCUCGUUCCUCGAGGAGGCCAUCGCAGACGCAAGAGUAUGGAGCCACGAGCUCUGGCAAACCUGAACGGUACACUGGUACCCUCUUCAUCCAGCACUCCGGCUCGCAACACAAAUAGGACCCCAUCCAAGGAGUUCAAAAUUGGAGAGACACCCUACACAGCCAAGUCUAAACGCCGUGAUUCAGUUCAAUGGGUCCGCUCGCCUUCUACUUCUUCGUCUAACGAAGAUGAAUUCGAAGACCAAACUCUGCUCCUCUCUCCCAUCCCUGCAACUCCAGCACCAGAGACAAUAUCCGCAUAUGGUGAAGAUGGUCUCUAUGGUGACGAGACACCAGGUGGUCAGACGCCAUACUUCCUGCAAACCGAGCAGCUGAUCCAGAAAACUGCUCCUCCCGCCAAGGGCCGUUUCUUCGACACACCAGAAGCUGAAGAUAACAGCGGCAUGGAGAUCGGCAAGGGAUUUCUAAGUGAGAAGAAGGACGAGAGUGUCAUGAUGCGCCUGAUGGCUGCUAGGAGGAAGAGUCUGCAAUGGGCUCCUAAGGUCGGUAGUCCUUUGGCUAGAGGACACCACGGGUUUUAG